UCGACCCAGCGAUCAUCAUUGUGCAAUGCUAUUUGAGCGUGGUUCAAAAUGAGCAGAAGAGGCGGCAAGCCAAAUAGAUGCGGUGGUAAAUUCAAUCGCUCCAGAGGCAGAGGCGGAGGUGGUGGUGGUAGUGGCGGCAGAAAAGCAAAUGAAUGUGAUGUUUAUGAUUACGAUGACAUCGUAUUGGAUGGAGCAGAUUACAUGAUGCCAACUGGUAAACCAUCGACCAGAGGCAGGGGGCGAGGUGAUAGUUCGAGAGGAGCCCGGGGCAGUGGCAGGAGUCGAGGCCAAAGUGGUCGAGGCAAUAGUGACAGGAGUCGAGGCCAAAGUGACAGGGGUCGAGGCCAUAGUGACAGGAGUCGAGGCAAUAGUGACAGGGGUCGAGGCUCGAGUGACAGGAGUCGAGGUCAAAGUGACUGGGGUCGAGACUCACACAACAGUUCUGAUCGCCCAAGGAGACAGGAUGUUCGAGUAAAGCUGCAGACUCUAUAUAUGAGUGAGGAGAACCAAGAUAUGUUGCGGGACAUGUUUAAAGAUAUCCAUGGAGAGGAACCUGACAUAAUGAGUGAGGAGGAGUAUGAUGAGCUGGAUAUGAGAACAGAAGACCAGUACUGGUUGACACAAGACCCCCUACAGAUAGAGGACGUCCAGGUCUACUAUGAGAAGAAGAUAAACAGUAAGAUGGACUCAGACUCUAUUAGUCACAUCGCCAUCAACAAGCUAAUGAGAUAUGGGUAUGAGAAGAUGCGAUGUGUGGAAGCUCUUCAGUUACAUGAUGGUGACAUUGGUGCAGCUUUUGAGUACCUUUUCUGUAAAUGCUUUGGUAUCAAGAUGGACUUAGAGAAAGGAGCUGAUGAUGAGGAAAAUGACAAUGGCUCAGAUGAGGAUUUUCUAGAUGAGGAAAACAAGGAUAAAAAGCAAAUCCUGACAGAGCUUGGUAUGACAUGGAAAGAUAUAGAAGAUCAAAGAAAUGAUGAAAUAAUGGCAUUAAAAUCAAUAUAUGAAGACAAUUUUACUGAAAAAAUUCCCAAUAAAGUAUGGGCUCUGUGUUUAGAUCUCCCUUCUCUUAAAGAAUUAGUGAAACCUCCUAAACAAGAAGAUGAAGAGAUAGUUCAGGAGAAAAAGGGUAAAAAUCCAGAAAUUUGUAGAUUUUUCUUGAAAGGAUUUUGUCGAUUUGGAAAAAGAUGUUAUUAUUCUCAUGAAACGCCAAAAGCUGCUCCAAAGAUAUUUAUACCAAACGAAGACCUUAUAAAAAAUAAACCAGAUUUUGAGUUAGAAUUUCGGUUCCCUAAAAACAACCUGUACCCUGUAGAGGCUCCUAUUAUUGGGUUUUCUUCUAUUGUACCAACGUUUCCUCCCCACGUUAGCCUACUCAUCACAGAACGACUUCGGAGCGAGGCCAUUGACAGUGCAGAAAUGCAUGCGCCUGCUGUUUUUUCCUUAGUUAGUUUACUUGAUGACGAACAGACUGUCGUACAGUUGUAUAAUAAACCUGCACUGGAGUACAGUAGACCUGAUUAUGACCAAUCAUGGCGAAAGAAACAAAAGGAUAAGGAGGAGGAACAAUCUGCCUCCCUGUUUCCUUUCAAACGGCAGACGUCCUCGGAGGAAGACUACAAAUCUGAAACAGCAACAAUGAUCAGAAUGACAGAGUGUGAAAACAAGAUGUUAGAUGAAGAAGAAGUUAAGGUGGAAAAAAAGAGAUCCCAUACAGGAGAUAGCAAUAUCAUGAGACAAACAAAUGCAAGAGAUACUCUGAAACAGAACAGAAGAUUGAAGGAUGAAUACCAAAGGAAAAAGACCUCUAAAGCUCUGCAAAACAUGAUAGCCCAAAGACAGAAUCUACCAGCGUGGGACAUGCAAGAUGAAAUACUGACUGCUCUGGAGAACAACCAGGUGUUGGUGGUCAGUGGAAUGACUGGGUGUGGGAAGACGACCCAGGUCCCCCAGUUUAUCCUAGACUUCUAUCUGCAGUCCAAACACCUGAACAUGUGCUCCAUCCUGUGUACCCAGCCACGCCGUAUCUCCGCCAUUGCUGUGGCCGAACGUGUGGCUGAGGAACGUGCAGAGAAACUUGGCCGGACUGUGGGUUACCAGAUCAGGCUGGAGAAAGUUCAGUCAUCAAUGACACGGUUGUUGUUCUGUACGACGGGGAUUGUGUUGAGGACGCUGGAGGGAGAUUCCACAUUGGAUGGUAUAACUCAUGUCAUCAUAGAUGAGGUCCACGAACGAUCUGAAGAGAGUGAUUUCCUGAUGAUGUACCUGAAGGACAUGUUGCCUAAACGUAAGGACCUCAGGGUGAUCCUGAUGAGUGCCACUCUCAAUGCCCAGUUAUUUUCCGACUACUUCGGGGGCUGCUGUGUCAUAGAUAUUCCAGGAAGAACAUUUCCCGUUGAUCAGUAUUUCCUGGAAGAUGCUGUUGAGUUCACAAGGUUUGUUAUGGACGAAUCAUCACCCUACGCCCGUCCACUGAAGCACAGUAAUGCUGUACCAGGCAAGGGAGGAUACAUUGCUUACGAGGAUGAGAGAACAGAGGCAUCACAACCCCCAAAGGAGAAGGCCAAGGAUGAAAAUUUAACAGUGCAACAGCUCUCCAUGAGAUACUCUGAUUAUCAUAAAUCAACAUGCAGAAAUAUGGCUUUGAUGGACAUGAACAAAAUCAACUAUGACCUCAUCGUGACCUUGUUAGAGUGGAUCGUAGAGGAUAAGGAAGGGUUUCCCAAAGGAGCUGCCCUAGUCUUCCUGCCUGGCUUUGCAGAAAUACAGACACUUUACGAACUACUCCAGUCAAACUCUACUUUUGGAAACAGAAACAAAAAGUGGUUUAAGAUAAUACCGUUACACUCAACCCUGUCCAGUGAAGACCAGCACGCUGUGUUCUUAAAACCUCCAGAGGGUGUUACAAAGAUCGUCAUAGCAACAAAUAUCGCUGAGACGUCCAUCACUAUUGACGACAUUGUGUAUGUCAUAGAUGCUGGCAUGAUGAAGGAAAAACGGUAUGAUGCCACUAAGGGUAUGGAGAGUCUGGAGACAGUAACAGUGUCCCGUGCCAAUGCCCAGCAGAGGAAGGGACGUGCGGGACGUGUCACUAACGGGGUGAGCUUCCACCUGUUCACCAGCCACAGAUACCAAUACCACAUGAAGGAACAACCCAUUCCAGAAAUACAGCGAGCUCCACUUGAACAGAUUGUACUGAGGAUAAAAAUGUUGGAUAUUUUCAACAGAUUGCAUGCACAGGAAGUGCUGGAACAGUUACCAGAACCUCCAGAGAAAGAGUCCAUCAUGGCUGCCAUCAGGCGUCUGCAGGAUCUGGGAGCUCUUGACGAACAGGAUGAGUUGACACCAUUGGGGUACCAUCUUGGCUCACUUCCAGUGGAUGUCAGGGUAGGCAAACUGAUGCUGUUUGGUGCUAUUUUCCGCUGCUUAGAUCCUGCCCUGACCAUAGCAGCCUCACUCAGCUUCAAGUCUCCCUUUGUCUCACCAUUUGAUAAGAAAGAUGAGGCUACUAAAAAGAAGGUUGAAUUUGCCACUGGAAAUUCUGACCACUUGACCAUGGUGAAGGCCUAUCAAGGAUGGAUUGAUGCCAGAAAGAAAAGCCAGUAUGCCAGUUACAACUAUUGUCAUGACAAUUUCCUGUCUCAGAGGUCAUUGGAGAUGCUGGCCAGUAUGAAGCAGCAGUUUGUAGAGUUACUGUCGGACAUCGGCUUUGUGAAGGAAGGGAUAAGCCAGAGAGAUGUGGAGCGGGCCGGUCAGAGGGGCUCCGAUGGGGUACUCAACAUCACCGGACCUGAUGCCAACAUCAACUCAUCUAACUGGAAGGUUGUGGCAGCCAUAUUAGUGGGCGCACUCUAUCCCAACGUUGUACAGGUCCUCACUCCCGAGGCCAAGUUCAGCCAGAGCAGCAUGGGUGCUGUUCCAAAACUUCCAAGGGCUGAUGAAUUACGAUUUAAAACAAAAGGCGACGGCUAUAUUCACAUCCACCCGUCAUCUGUGAACUUCCAAGUUAACUACUAUGAUAGUCCUUACCUUGUUUACCAUGAGAAAGUGAAGACAAGUCGGAUCUACAUACGAGACUGUACUAUGGUCAGUGUAUAUCCCCUGUUACUGUUUGGAGGGGGCAGUAUCAAUGUUGAUCUGGAGAAAGGCAAUUUUAUCCUGUCUGUGGACGAUGGAUGGAUACGCUUCAUGGCUAACACACAUCAGGUGGCUGAGCUAGUGAAGGAGUUGAGGUUGGAGCUGGACCAACUGUUGUCUGACAAGAUACAGAACCCACACAUGGACCUACUGACCUGUCCAAAGGGCAGUAAGAUCAUAGACACCAUUGUCCGGCUCAUAACCACACAGUGACCACACCAUCACUGAUGUAACUUUCCAUGAGGAAAUGUAUGCAAUAUUAACUGCUUAGCAACCAAAAUAGUGAGGUGUCCAACAGAGAAAAGUGACAGUCAACAAAACCAGACUUUGUAAAGGAUUCUGAAAAAUUAUGUUUUGUCAAAUAGUGCCAAAUGUACAACAUUAGAAAUGCCUUGAUGUUAAACAUGGUGAAUUUAUUUUUACAUUGAAGAUGCCCUACAUUAAACUUUGAAAUGAACUUAGUAAAAAAAAAAAACUUUGGAAGAAAUAGUUUGCCAGAAGAAAGCUUUGAUAGUUUUCUCUCUUGCAAAUAUUCUUUUAUAUGUACCAUUGUCCAACUUGACCAUUUUAUCUCCGUGAUUCAAUGUAUGUGUAGUUUAUGAGUAAAGCUCAGUGGUAUUUGUAUAACAGCACAUUUUUUCCACAGUUUAACUUUCACUUGCCAUGAUGAAGGACAUUACAGAGAAAAUUCACUCUCUCAAUAUUCCUCUCUUCUGUAACAGGGCAAUCAACUUCUUUACACAUACGUGCAGGAUGCUGUAAAUCUAUUUUGUUUGUCUUAGAUUGUUUAAACUGACCACAAGUCUCGAAAACCUUUUAUUAAUACAUCAUUUCCCCUUGUGUGUUCACAGAUCCAACAUAAAAAUAUCUUUUUUUAAUGAAAAAAAAUCAAAUUUGAGAAAAAGAACAUUCCAAAACUUUUACCAGCUGGCUGUAACAGAAAUGUACCUGUUGUUUUAUCUGUAUUAUAUUGAUUAUGUUGAUCGUCCAACAACAUAAGGACCCUCACAAGCGCAAUAGUUUUACCUGGCUAUGGUGCACAAAAUUUAAGCCUCCUUGACUAUUUCUGACCUGUUCAACUGCACAAUAUUAGCCCCUCAAAAUUACACAACGAUAUAGUUUUAUUUCUGACUUUAUUCAGAUAAUCAUGUAGUAUAUCCUGACUGUGUGACAUGUGUUGUAACUCUGGUAGCUCUACAACUCUACAACUGUUGGCUGUGAUUUGGUUUUUGUAUGAU